GCAGCGCCAUCGCAACUGGGAUAGCAAACGGCCGACAUAACACCCUACGCCUGUCUGCCGUCAUUCACCGUCUCCAUUGCCGGACUGGCUGAUCCUCGUGUGCACCUGCGCUCCCGCCCUGCGCAGAGUUGUCGACAUGCCUCCACCGAGACAGGGUCGGUACCAGCCCGCCCGAGAGUACCACGUUGUGGUGCUUGGUGCAGGUGGUGUCGGAAAGAGUUGUCUCACAGCUCAAUUCGUCCAUAACGAAUGGAUAGAGAGCUAUGAUCCCACGAUCGAGGACUCUUAUCGUACUCAGGUCGCAGUCGAUGGCCGCCAAGUAAUCCUUGAAAUCCUUGAUACCGCGGGAACCGAGCAGUUUGUUGCAAUGAGAGACCUCUACAUGAAAACUGGCCAAGGCUUUCUGCUGGUUUUCAGCAUUACGCAAACUUCGUCCUUGGCAGAGCUCAUGGGUCUCCGAGACGAGAUUAUCCGCAUCAAGGAUGACGAGACUAUCCCGAUAGUCCUAGUUGGUAAUAAAGCCGAUUUGGAGGACCAGCGGGCAGUCGCGCGCACCAAGGGAUUCUCCAUCUCACAACGUUGGGGAGCUCCAUACUAUGAAGCCAGUGCCCGGACACGAACAAAUGUCGAUGAAGUUUUUGUGGAUCUAUGCCGGCAAAUGCUCAGGAAGGAUGAUGCAGCAGAGACAUUGGCCGGAGAGGAAGACAAAUUCGACCCUUACUCAAUAUCUUAUUACAAAAACAGGCGGAAACGAAAGGAAGGCAAGGAGCACAAUCGGCCUCGUUGUGUCAUCUUAUAGGCGGACCACAAAGCGAUGUUUCCGGGCCACAGAUUGGCCGUCGAGACUGGGAAAAGGCCGAGUACGAGCACUCUGCUUUCUGUGACAUCAUCCCAACACAACUUUAGGACCAGACGACCAC